AAAAGGAAUGAUAUACUGCAGUCAUUUUCCGGCAUGGAGGCAGAGCACGGAGAAAGGAGAAGUAGAAAGAAGAAUUACAGUUACAGUACAACUGAUGGAAUUGAAGAUGAACAUCAGUUUGAGGAAGGAGAUGGUGAAGAAUCUGAAGACAGUUCAAGGCUUAAAAUGAAUCACGCAUACCAAAUAGUAGAUUCUGCAGGAGAGACUGAAGAUGGUGAAAUGUUGCAAAUGCAUGUGACGACAGAAUUGACCGAGUGUGACCCAGGGCUCAAGUCCAAAAUAGCUGGUGCUAUGAAAGACAUAAUGGUGAAAGAUGAUGGUCCACAAUUCUUCAAUAACGAAGAAGAGAAUGCAAUAUGGAGAUGUGAUAUGUGUGAUUAUGAAGCUUCUAAGAAAUCAGUUUUAAUUAAUCACAUCAGAAAAAGACAUGCUGCUGGUGCUGUAGCAUGUAAUUACUGUGAAAAAUAUUUUUUUGACGAAGAGUCAGCUAAACUUCAUGAAAGGACUCACUUAAAGUCAAAGGAGGAUGAGUCGGAGCCACCUAUGUACAUGUGUGAAUUCUGUGGGAAGUCAUUCCGUGGACGAAAGUCAUUAAAAGAACAUCAUUUAGCUAAUCAUAGUGAAGUGAAACCCUUUAAAUGUGAUCAGUGCGAUAAAAACUACGGUUCAUUAGCUAGCUUAGACAUCCAUAAAGCGACACACUCUACAGAGACUCCUUAUCUUUGUGAUUUGUGUGGCAAGAGUUUCAAGCACAUAAAUAACUUAAGAAGCCAUAAACGUUGUCAUAUGGAUGAUUCGUAUAAAAAUAGGCAACUGUGUACAAAGUGUGGGAAAGGGUUUAGAUCAAAGUUUCAUCUCAAUGAACAUAUGAAUGUGCACAACGGAGUCCGUCCGUACAGUUGUGAGAAAUGUGGUAAACGUUUUCAUAAGAAGAUACAGCUUCGGCAGCAUGGCUCGGCUCACUUAGGUGAACAACCGUUCUCGUGUCAUAUUUGUGGAGUGAAGUUCAAUCGCCGAGGUAAUAUGACCCAACACAUUAAAAGACAUGAACAUGAAAGGAAAUAUACUUGCAGGGUAUGCAAUGAGUCGUUUCCCACAUUGGGUGCUGUUCUUACUCAUCGAAAAUUGCAUACUGAUCUAGAAGUGGAGAAAAGUAUACAGAUGCAGGCCGGUGAUGAUCCAGAGCAGGCUGCCUUCAAAUGUGUUAUCUGUGGUAAACUUCUUGUCAAGAAGGAAUCACUCGCAACGCACAUGAGAUCACAUACAGGAGAAAAACUUUUUGAGUGUACAGUGUGUGGGAAAAAAUUGUCUAAUAAAGGUUCUUUAACAUACCACAUGCGGUCUUUCCACACUGGUGAGCGUCCUCACACGUGCCAGUUCUGUGGCGAAGGGUUCCUUUCAAAGGAGGCUCGCCUUGUCCAUGAACGAAUACAUACGGGAGAAAAACCUUAUAAAUGUUCAGUUUGUGGUAUGGCAUUCCGCUGCUCCAGCAACCUGUCACAGCAUAUAAAAGUCCAUUCAGAGGAACGGCCACACCCCUGUCAGCAUUGUGGAAAAGCAUUUCAGAGGAAAGGCGCACUAGAUGUGCAUAUGAGAACACACACAGGUGAACGACCUUUUACGUGUGAUAUAUGUGGUAGAGGCUUUACACAGAAAAAUGACAUGCUUAAACAUAGACGUAUUCAUACGCAGGAAAAGCCUUUCCGUUGUGAUCAGUGCGGUCAGCUUUUUAUGCAAAAACGGGACCUGACAAAACACUUGAGCCUUCACGCUCAUAAGCAAGAAGUUGUUGAGGAGGAAGAGACCCCUACACAAACAGUUGUAAUAACAACAGCUGAUAAUAAUGUGAUAACUUUUCCGGAAAUACCAGUGAAUGUACCUGUCAUGGAAAAUACUCAGGCAGUUAUCUUGCAUAGGUUUUAGGCUUAGUGAACUGCAUUUGGAUCUACAGUAUUUGAGUCUAGAUUUGUACAUGUGUGCAUUGGAGUCAGUGCGUAUUUUUUAAGGAGAAUGCUGAAUUUUCAGCAUCAUUAUUCAGUGGCCAUUAAAAUGUAUUUUAAAUA